AUGUAUUCGAUUACUUGGCUGCUAGCCCCCAUCGUGGCGGCUGCUGUGCCAUACGAGCGAUAUAUCCUUGCCCCCGAAAACCGAGAACUGAUUCCCGCAACGGUUCAUAAAGUCAGGGGAUUGGUCAACAAUGCCGACGCUCUGACUCAAUCCGCUGGCGAAAGUGCUACUUUCCAUGGGGUCUCGUCUGUCACGUACGAUUUUGGGAAAAAUGUCGCCGGUCUAGUCUCUCUGGAUGUUGGGGAUGCCACGUCGUCGGCGGCCUUCUUGGGCGUCACCUUUACAGAAUCGAGUCUCUGGAUCAGCAGCGAGGCGUCCGACGCAACUGCCGAUUCCGGCCGUGAUACUCCGCUAUGGUUCCCCGUUGGCCAGGGUGCAGGAGAAUACACGCCAGAUGCCAAGUAUGAGCGAGGUGCCUUUCGCUACCUGACACUCGUGAGUAAUACCACUGCGUCUGUCCCGGUGCACCGUCUGCGGGUGAACUUCAAGGCUGCUCCAUUGCAAAACCUGCGAGGCUACACUGGAUACUUUCACUGCGAUGAUGAACUUGUCAAUAGGGUCUGGUAUGCCGGUGCAUACACCAACCAGUUGUGCACGAUCAACCCAGACCACGGUAACGCACUAGUUCACCUGGACACCAUCAGCUCCACGGAUAAUAUUAGCCUACCCCAGACAGAUACCUGGUGGAACAACUACACCAUCACCAAUGGACGCAGCACCACCACUGACGGAGCCAAGCGUGACCGGCUGGUGUGGCCGGGCGACAUGUCAAUCGCCCUCGAGAGCAUUGCUGUCAGUACCGGCGACUUAUACAGUAUUCGUAUGGGUCUGGAGUCUCUCCUAGCUCUGCAACAUCCCAAUGGCCGCCUUCCGUAUGCCGGGCGUCCAUUCCCGUCGAGUAUCAUCAGCUAUACAUACCAUCUCCAUAGUCUGAUUGGGAUGUCAUACCUCUAUCAAUUCUCCGGGGACCAAGAUUGGCUAUCCAACCACUGGAACCAGUACACGCAAGGCCUACAGUGGGCGCUUUCGUUUGUGGACAACACCGGGUUGGCCAACGUGACGGCCAGUGCUGACUGGCUGCGAUUCGGCAUGGGCGGUCAUAAUAUCGAAGCCAAUGCUAUUCUUUAUUUUGUUCUUCAAAACGCCCAGGAGCUUGCGCAAGAACUAAACGACACAUCCUCCGUGCCGCGAUGGAGCCAUAUCGCGGCUGGCAUCAAGUCUGCGGCCAACAAGAGGCUGUGGGAUGGGGAGAAUGGGUUGUUCCGCGACAAUGAAACUACCACGCUGCAUCCGCAGGACGGGAAUUCGUGGGCUAUCAAAGCCAACCUGACUCUUUCAGAUCACCAGAAAAUCUCCAUCUCUCAGGCCCUUAAGGCCCGCUGGGGUGAGUAUGGUGCUCCAGCCCCGGAGGCUGGAGCGACAGUCUCGCCUUUCAUCGGUGGAUUUGAGCUGCAGGCACACUACUUGGCCAACCGACCCGACACGGCUCUGGAUCUGAUCCGAUUGCAGUGGGGUUUCAUGCUGAACGACCCCAGGAUGACGCAGUCCACCUUCAUUGAAGGGUACUCCACGGACGGCUCCCUUCAUUAUGCCCCUUAUACCAACGACCCCCGCAUCUCUCACGCCCACGGCUGGUCUACGGGUCCGACCUCGGCGCUUACCACCUACACGGCUGGCAUCCAACUCACGGGACCGGCUGGUUCAACCUGGCUCAUUACACCGCAGCCAGGGAACUUGAAAACCUUGCAUGCAGGGCUGACCACAUCACGGGGCGGUUUUUCCACUUCCUUAGAGCGCACAUCGGAUGGCGGCUAUAAAAAUUUCUCCAUCACGACGCCUGCCUCCACCGUCGGAGUAGUGAAGCUUCCCGGGACUAAGGGAACUUUAGUAUCGAAGAAUGGAGACCGUGUACGACUUGUGAAUGGUGUCGCGACUGGAUUACGUGGUGGUACUUGGGAGCUGCAGCAGUAG